CAGGAUGCUUCCCAGCUUUGUUGACAGCAUCUGCUGGUUCACUGGGGGCUGGCUGAUUUACCUUCUUCUGUCUACUGUUUUUCGCGCUGCCUACAAUCUGUGGCUACAUCCUGCGCGGAAAUUCCCUGGACCGCGCUCCUGGGCUGCCUUCCAUAUCUUCAAAGACCUGACUUGUGCUCAGGGCAACAUUGAUAGUCGGCUCUGUGAACUUCACGCCCAGUACGGUCCAGUGGUUCGCAUAUCUCCCGAUGAACUGUCAUUCGUCGACGAACGGGCCUGGAGAGACAUCUAUGCGCACCCCAAUUACUUAGCCAAAUGGCCGCGCUUUGCCUUCGUCCACAACAAGCCAGACACACCGGCGGAUAUUAUCAAUUCUACACACGCUGACCAUGCACGCAUUCGCCGGCAGCUUUCACACGCCUUCUCUGAUAAGGCCCUGCGUGAACAGGAAGGUUUAAUCACAGGUUAUAUUGACCUGCUGAUCGCAAAACUCUCUGAUAUUGCGGUCAGCGGUGCAUCCGUCAACAUGGUCAAGUGGUAUAACCUUACAACUUUCGAUGUUGUCAGUGACCUGGCCUUUGGACAAUCAUUCUCCUCUCUGAGUGAGGGUGAGUACCAUCCAUGGGUGGCAUCCGUCUUCAAAAACAUCCGCGCUUUCAAUGUAGUCCGAUCAUUCGCCACCUACCCUGGGGCUAAAGCCAUCAUUGGGCUGCUAGCCUCGUCUGAUCUACGACGGGCGCGUGAAAUCCACAAGGAAUACAGUGUUAACACUGUGAAAAAACGUCUGGCAAAAGGAGUCAUGGAAGAGCGUCGUGAUUUCAUCGCCUAUACACUCAAACACAAGGAUGAGGCCGGUACUGGUCAGGGAAUGACCGAAGGCGAGAUCAUCCGCACGGCUAGCACGCUAAUAAUGGCCGGGUCUGAAACGACAGCAACCGUCCUGUCUGGUCUCACUUACUUCCUGACCUCGAAUCCAGAUGCGCUCCGUAAGGCCACAGACGAAGUCCGCAAUGCAUUCCAGAGUGAAAGCGAGAUCAACUUCACAAAUGCCUCCACGCGUCUGCCGUACUUGCUGGCCUGCUUUGACGAGACGCUACGCAUGUAUCCACCAGUGCCCUUUCUCUCGCCUCGACUCACUCCUCCCGGCGUGACCUAUAUCGCUGGACACGAGGUCCCUGGCGGCAUGGGAGUUGGAGUCGCCCGCUUUGCUACUACACAAGACCCUAGUAUGUUCUUCGAGAGCGAUCGCUUUCACCCCGAGCGCUGGUUUGAAUCUGCCAAGGACCCGAGCUCGCCUUUCUACCACGAUGCCCGCGGCUGCUUCCAGUCCUUCUUAGUUGGGCCAGGUGCCUGCCUGGGCCGGAACCUCGCGUACCAUGAGAUGCGAACCAUUAUGGCGCGGAUCCUGUGGCGAUUCGACCUCGAACUCUGCUCAGAGAGCAAGGGCUGGGUAAAGGGACAGAAGAGCUACGUGAUUUGGGACAAGCCACAGUUGAUGUGCCGACUGUCGCUUCGCAAAUGAGAACUCUGUGAUGCAAGAUAGGAAUCGUAAAAAGAGAUA